AUGAAGGGGCGAGGAAAAGGGGCAACGCUGAAGGGCCAGAAGGUGUUGGAAGUCGGAGCAGGGUGCGGCCUACUGGGGCUGAUACUCGCGAAUUUGGGAGCACAGGCAGGCCUCUGGAGUGGAAGGAGUAGUGGAGCAUUGAGGAUGAUUCAGGUGGUGCUGACCGAGGCGGAAGAAGCGAUGAAGAACCUCAGAAGGAACGUGGAAAGGAACAGCAAGGUGAACUGGAGCGAUGAGGAUGACAUCAAGACUCUUGAGACCACCUCACAUGCUCCUUUUGACGUGAUUGUGGGGACCGAUGUCAUCUUCAAUGUGAAGCUCGUUGAGCCGUUGCUUCGACUUCUUUACCGGGUUUCUCACGACAAGUCCACGAUCUGGCUGUGCAUGCAAGAAAGAUGCCCGGAAGCUCACAAGACUUUGCUCAAACUGGCCCCAAAGUUCUUCGAGCUCAUUGACAUGAGCAAAUCGCUCUCUAUCCUCUGGCCAAAGCUUCCUCCAGCCUACAGCAUGAAGGACAUACUAGCGAAAGGACAAGAUAUUAAUCUCCUAACAUUAUCCAGGGACCUUGAUAAUUGCCAGCUUCAGCAACUUUUCAUGCGGGUGGAAGAGAAAGCAGAGAUCAGUUCGAGGCUCAUCGAGAAUCUUAGAGUUGAUCGUCUGCAGCAUGUUGAACUCCAAGAGCGCUCACACAGCCUUCAGGCACUCAACGAUGAGUUGACGCAGGCCAUAGAUCGCCUUCAGAACGACUUCCUCGUUCUCCUCAACGCAUUCCAAGAGAAGGACGCAGAUCUGAAGAAGCUAGAGGCUACGAGGGAGGAGGAAAAAGCACCUUCCUCUGCUCGAGAAGGCGGAGAGCAAAACAUCCAAGGAAAACCGAUCCAGUUCCACACAAGCGAGCAGGUGCAAGUAGCUGGUGCAAGUGACACAUCAGUUGGCAAUGAAGACCUCAGUCAAGAACGAUCGACAAGCAGCCCCCCUAAACUCGUUUGCCAAAUUCCAGAAAAGAUUCACCAACCCGGUCAAAACUCUCUGAGUCCCAGUCAACCCUACGAGCUGCAUUUCGUCUCACGUGAAUCGAAAUUGAGGAUUGAAACAAAAGCAUCGUUUCCAUUCACAGAAAAAUUGUGCAUCCUGAAGCACAAUGAGAAGGAUUAUUUGCUCAAGAGCUCCUACGUGAACGGGGAGCAUGUCACGAAACUCUACGUUCCUAGAGCAUCGUUGGAGCUUAAUAACCAAGCCAAGGAUUGUAUUGGUUGUGACUAUAACACGACGCUGACAAUAUCUUGCACAAAAUCGAACGUUGUUGUCUCGGGAACAAGAAACUUUGCCUACAUGGAGGCAGAUCGCCAGGUACUGUACAGCAAUUACGAAGUCCUUGGUUUGGACACCAUCUUCGGUUUCUUCUCAAGACAUCCCAACAAGAAUGAAAUUCUUCUACAAGUGAAGAAGAGAGCGACCGGUGAAAGCCAAGAAAGCUCAGAGCGAAGGAGAGUUUCAAAGAGCGCGACUCCGCCGCAGAGUCCGACAAAUCGACGUUUUGUCGGAUCGGUCAAUCCUGACGUAUCAAGUCGUCGAUCGAUCGAGAGCAAAGGAAGCAAGAAGUCUAGCCCUGUGGUCAGCAUCGACUUAUUCUUCGCUCCACUUCAGCAGGAUGAGGUGGUUCUCUUCGACGGCAGGCCUCGGAAGCACAACAUAGGAGUCGGGGUUCAUUUCAGAGUGAACAAGAAGGGAGAGCUGGUCUUCGAUUUCCUCACCCCCAACGGCCCUGCACAGAAGAGCGGGAUCAUCGAGAUCGGCGAUCGCCUGGUUGCAAUCGAUGGGAGGCCCACGGACCGGAUGAGGGCAGACGAGGCGGCUGAAUGCCUGCUGGGCAGUGAAGGGUCGAAGGUCAAGCUCACGGUCGCGCACGGAGUCAAGAGAGUCCUGCAGGACGUGGUGACCGGCGCCGGUGCUGGAGAGGGGGAUCCAAACCAGCGAGUCAAGCUCGACCAGAAUGUCAUCGGACACGUUCAGGCCGUUGGAGCUUCGAAGUCCCAAAUCCCCCCCUGCGUCUUCUCCGCUCCUGAACUUCGCGUCGAGGAAGCAUCUUCAAGACGCAGCGAAAGGAGCGGAGCUGCUGAGCGGCGAGGGGAGCUGGCGAGCAUUCUCAAGUACAGCAAGAAGGUCGAAGGAGGGGAGGGGCUUCGAAACGAGCAGGCGCAAACCUUGAGUGGAGCGUUGAAGCUGCAAGAAGACCUCUCCUUGAUAGAGACUGGAGGAAGUGUCGGCGACAUGAUCCUCGAUGUUGAUGUUGAUCCCCUCAGAUCUCUAGAACCUGCGUCCUCCCAGGUACACUCCCUCCACCAUAUUUUCUCCCCCAGCACUGUGUCUGAGCUCUAUGCUCGAAAGGUCCCUUUGCAUGAUUUCUCGCUGGCCGAGGCCGACGGCAUCUCUCGCAACAUCAUCGAGUCUUCGAAGCUCCUUCACUGA